CCAUCUUCUGAAGGCCUAAGAAGUCAAGACGCGUGACUGGCUACACUGAGAAGACAGAAGGAACUGUGCAGUCACCGAGAGGAGACAAUGGAUCCCAGACGUUACGUUAUGGAAUUAAAUGAUGGUAACAUCAUACCUCUACUGGGAUUUGGCACUGCUGCACCUAUAGAGGUUCCUAAAAGUGAGGGUCUAGAGGCCACCAGAUUAGCUAUUGAUGCUGGGUACCGCCAUUUUGAUUCUGCUUCUGUGUACCAUAAUGAAGAAGAGAUAGGACAGGCCAUCAGGAGCAAGAUUGCAGAGGGCAUUGUGGAAAGAAAAGACAUAUUCUACACUUCAAAGCUUUGGUGUACUUUCCAUCGACCAGAGCUAGUUCAGCAAAGCUUGGAAGAAACAUUGAGAAAAGUUCAACUGGACUAUGUGGACCUCUACAUUAUUCAUUUCCCAAUGGCUUUGAAGCCAAGUAAAGAGCGAAUUCCAAAAGAUGAAAAUGGAAAAGUAAUGUAUGACACUGUGGAUCUCUGUGCCACAUGGGAGGCCAUGGAGAAAUGUAAGGAUGCAGGGCUGGCUAAGUCCAUUGGGGUGUCUAACUUCAACCGCAGGCAGCUGGAGAUGAUCCUGAACAAGCCAGGGCUCAAGUAUAAACCUGUUUGCAACCAGGUGGAAUGUCAUCUGUAUCUCAACCAGAGCAAACUACUGGAUUUCUGCAAGUCAAAAGACAUUGUUCUGGUUGCCUAUGGUGUUCUGGGAAGUCAAAAAUAUGGAGAAUGGGUGGAUCAGAACACUCCGGUUCUCUUAGAUGAUCCAGUUCUUGGUGCCCUGGCAAAAAAGCACAAGCGAAGUCCAGCACUGAUUGCCCUUCGUUACUUGCUACAGCGUGGGCUUGUGGUUUUGGCCAAGAGUUUCAAUGAGAAGCGAAUCAAAGAGAAUUUGCAGGUUUUUGAAUUCCACUUGACUCCUGAGGACAUGAGAGUCCUAGAUGGUCUGAACAGAAAUAUUCGAUAUGUUUCUGCGAGUUUUUUGAAUGGCCACCCUAAUUACCCAUUCUCUGCUGAAUAGCAUGGAGAUCUUCAUCA